CGAAGCUUCCUUUCCCGCGUGACUUUUGGCUGAAAUAGUGUUUCUGGUGGCAACUUUUUCAUCUUAAAACAUCUAGUUUAGUUUAUUUGAAGAUCAGUGAAAUAAUCAUAAACCUGAAAGAAUAUUGUUUAUUCUAUAAGUGCUCGCUUAAAGUUUCGGGUUGUUUUUUACUGAAUUCGUGGAAACAAAGAUUUUUGUUUGGCAUCUGAUUUUGCCGGCAAGAGGAUCAUGUCGGACCGUGGUCAGAAAAUGAACAUUGACGACAUGUCGACGGAUAAGCUCAAGCCACCAGAACGACCCAAACGCAUCGGCUCGGCACCGACUAACAAUCCACCACGAUCCGGAGCACACAUGCGACGUCUAUUUACUAGUCCGGAACCCGAUUCCUCGGAUUCUGACAAUGAAAAUUUGGCAGCCAACUUGGUACCCACUAGUCCGAUUCCGCGGAGUGCCUGGUUGACGAAUCCGCGGGUUAAUAGAUUCCUUUCUUAUGGAAAUUCAUCGUUCAAACCUAUAAAAGCUUCCGCCUCAGAGAAAUCCUCGGCCCAGGUCCAGAAACCUGUCCCGAUUCGUUCAUCUAAUGGCUGCAAGCCGGGUUCAGGAUUCAAUAACAAAAAUGCUAGUUUGGACACCGAGCCAUCGACUUCAUCGGGACGCAGACAUCCUAGCACUAGUCGCAUUAAUCCUCGGCGGAUUGUCAACGAUGCAGAAACCCAGACAGGCGAUAUGAUGACCAACGCCGAAACACAAGUGUCACAAUGCGAUUUCGAUGCAGCCGCAUCGUCGGAUGACUCUAUGACGGCUUUGGACUCGAUGUCUCCGAGAUCUUUUUCUGGGUUCGAAUUUUACCAUAAAUUUAAUGAACUUCCUAAAGAGGAGAACGAUGAAACCCCUAGACGCAUGUCUGUGGAUACGGCUCCAGAGCUAGCGGAAGCUCCUAUUACUUUGAACGAAUUUGUAGGAACUCCUGCCACUACUAUUGAAGGGUCAAUGCCUCCCCAGCCUUCCUCAAAUCUGGUCAGUAGCAUCUUCGUGGAAGCCCCAGGCCCCGCCAGCAUUACUGAUUCUUCCUUGGGGUCAGUGAUACGUGGCCCCCAGCCUUCCUCAAAUCUGGUCAGUAGCAUCUUCGUGGAAGCCCCAGGCCCCGCCAGCAUUACUGAUUCUUCCUUAGGGUCAGUGCAUCGCGGCUCACAGCCUUCUUCAAAUCUGGUCAGUAGCAUCUUCGUGGAAGCCCCAGGCCCCGCCAGCAUUACUGAUUCUUCCUUGGGGUCAGUGAUUCGUGGCCCCCAGCCUUCCUCAAAUCUGGUCAGCAGCAUCUUCGUGGAAGCCCCAGGCCCCGCCAGCAUUACUGAUUCUUCCUUAGGGUCAGUGCAUCGCGGCUCACAGCCUUCUUCAAAUCUGAUCAGUAGCAUCUUUGUGGAAGAUGGCUCGGCCAGCAUUGGGUCCAAUCAGCGCAAUCAGCUAGCCAUUACCUAUCCGGCUCCCAAGAAGCGGCGCAUCGAAACGAGUGAAGCCAGUGGCAGUGGUGCUGGGGGCAGUGGGGCUGGAGGCGGAAAUUCUCAAGGCGAAGGUCCUGGAUGCAGUGGUGCUUUAACGUUUGGCGGCAGUAGUUCUGGAGAUAAUGGGGCUGCAGGUGCUGAAGUCCGUCUUACUAGAAGUUGUAUUUUGAUGGAAUCUUAUGAUGGAGGUAAUGGUCCUGCAGGCAGUGAUGCUGGAAUCAGUGGUGCUGGAGGCCGUUGUCCUAAUGGCAUUAUUUGGAGUAUUUUGGAAAAAGGUGGUGAAGGCGGAAGCUCCAAAGCCUUUACCUGUGGCGGCCGUGGUACUGGAGCCGGAGGUCCUGAAGGAGGAGAUCCUGAAGGUAGUGGAGGAGGAGAGGCUGUCGUCGUAGGUACUGGAGGCGGUGGUCCCGUUCUUGGAGGCUUCAGCUUUGCAGGCAUUGUUGUUGGAGGCAAUGGUGCUGCAGGGAAUAGGAGCAUUCUUUGGAUAAAAAAAGGAAAUGGAGGCGAAGGUCUCGGAGGCAAUGGUGCUGGAAACAGUGAAGCUGGAGGCCAUGUUCCUCAAGGUGAAAAUGCUGUAGGUGCUACAAACAGUGGUCCUGGUCCUGGAGGGCCUGGAGACUUAAGCUUUGGAGGAACUAUUCCUGUCUGGAUAAAACAAGAAACUGGAGGAGACGGUGGAGCUGGAGGUCAUGUUUUUGAAGGUGACAAUUCUGCAGUUCCUGAUGACGGUGGUCCUGGGCCUAGAGGCUUAAGCUUUGGAGGCAUUGUUACUUUAGAGAUUACUGGAAACGAUGGCACUGGAGGUUUGGGAGACAGUGGUACUGAGACCAGAGACUUAAGCUUCGGAGGCAGUAGUCCUCAAGACAAUGGUCCUGGGCCUGAAGGAUUUUAUUAUGAAGAGAGCAAUCCUGAACGCCUUGAUCCUGAUGACUUUGGUGUUACCCCUGGCAUUGCCCGUCCUUGUCGGAAUCCGGCAUGCCCCAAUAGCUACGAUAGCGACGAGGAGUUGAGUGUUUAA